AGAAGCAUGUUUCUGCUGUAUCGGCACAACAAAAAACCUGGAGUGAAAAAGCAGCGCUCACCGCAUUGCUUCCGCUACCUCGCCUACCCCCGUCCCUGCUUCAAGUUAAUCUAGUUUAUUCCAUCUUUUAUUCUUUCGUAUUCCACCUCUCGUUUUUCUUCUCUUGACUCCCCCUCCCUUUCGACUCACGCCUUUCCCGCAGCAGGGCAGUGAGUGAGGGAGAUGGGAAGCGCUAUCUCAUGCUCGCAUCGCGUAUUAAUCUAGAGCGGAUCGUGUUUCACAACGGCUUUGAACAAAGAGGGCGGCACAUGUAGGUUUGGCUCGAAGUAUAUUAUCUAUACUAUUCUAUUUAAACAAAUCGCUCCCUUCAAAAAUCUACUAGCGUUUUAUGAGAUGCUUACACUUAAGAAUAUUUGGCAUAUGACGCUUCAGAUGUUUUCGGAACUACAUUCGAUAGAGUAAGACAUAACGGCACCUGUAGCAGCAACAGAGCAUUUGCUUCCAUCAUGGCUUUGAACAGCGACAGCACACAGCCCACCCUGGACCCCAGUACUGUCACUACUGGACUGGAUGAGGGACAAAGGCAGCCAGCUCAGGAGAUCAGCAUACAGCAAGAGGAAUCAUCUAGCUCUCCACCUGUCACCUCUCAGCCAAUGACAGAAGAGCAGCUGAUUAAUCCUCCAGCAGAGUCUGCCCCCUGUCCAAGCCCUGCUUCCCCAGCCCCUGACUCCACCCCUCAUGAGGAGGUCACACCUAAAGACGGAGUGGUUGUGGUCAAUGAGAAGAAGAUGGAGACAAGCAAUGGGGUUUGCCCAGCCCAAGCUGACAGCACUUCCCCAUCCUCCCUCUCCUCCCCUCCUCGCCACCAACAUGCCAAAUCCCAUUCCCACCCUCACAAUGGCAGGGCCAGAGUGGGCAGUCGGUCAGGCUCACUUGGUCACGUGACAGCGUCACCACGCCCGUCCCUGUCUCGUCAUCCCAGCAUUGCUACCAGCAGUCCUGGUGAUAGGUCCAAGCCCAGGGAUUACCUGAUCUUGGCCAUUUUGGCCUGCUUCUGCCCUGUGUGGCCCAUCAACAUAGUGGGAUUUGCUUAUUCUGUGAUGUCCAGGAACAGUCUGCAGCAGGGCAAUGUGGACGGGGCUCGACGUCUGGGCCGGGUGGCCAAGCUGCUGUCUGUGGUCUCACUGGUGGGGGGCGUCCUCAUCAUUGCCGCCUGCAUCAUCAACUGGGGGAUCAUAGUAAAAUCCUGAGCGCCUCCCUCGGCACAGAGCAGGAUUUACAGAAACCACUCCGAUCACAAUAUUCCUACCCUUCUGCAUCUCUCAGAAGUCAAACAUUCACCCUUUUCACAGUGUUACGUUUUUAGUUGUGGUUUCAUCCUCUGGAUCAUCAAAUCCGAAGAAUCAAGCAACUAGUACCACUCUUAUUAACCGUACUCUGUCUGCUAAUGACAACAUGCAGUUUACACCAAGGUGGACCAGGGCAUCUGUGGGGAUUAACAUGAUUUAGAAAAGAAGAGCCUCUGCUACAUCAGUCAAAUGUAAUUACUCCAAGGCUGGAGACAUUGAAUAGGACCCCAGGUGUCAAAAAGAUGGUGGCAUGAUGAAAAAUAGGAUCACUAAGACUGACUAAGUCCUGACGUAUGUAAGAAAUGCAAUGGAAAUGUACCUUUAAGGCUGAAUUUGGCCAGAUUUGGCAAAUUAUCCGCAAAGACCAUCUGUCGUCACCAUAUCAGCUCACCACUGUGGAAGAGACACCGUCAACUAUCAUCCUUGUGCCAAAAUGAUUGUGAGCCACUGCAGGCAUGGAAUUGGUGUGUUUAGUUUAGGAUCAAUACGGAAACACCACUGGAAAGGAAAAAUUAACAUGCCUAAUCAAUCAUCAAUAGAAGUAACAAGAUCAUAGGCUAAUGCAACUUUUAAAAACUUUGAAGUAACUUUGUAUUAGAAAUAAAUCAUACUUGAACUUGUGAUUACACUGAAUUUUGAUUAGACCAUUGUGAGGAUAUGUUGGCAUUGAUCAUUAAGAUUGAUGAGAUACUGAAAAAGAGGAGGAACAAAAUGUAAUUGGAUUGGUUUUGUAUUUCAUAUUUUAAUUUGAAUCUAUACAUAAUAGAAAUUGAACUGAUUCCAUCAUGGAGGGAAUGACACAUUGAAAUGGAAAGAGAGACAGACAAUACACCUCAUGUUCACACACAAACACACUCACAGGUGAAGACUGCAAAAAAUCAAAAACAAACAAACACACGUGCCUGUCUGCAUACAUUACUUACAUGCAGACAGACACCUACACACACACUCACACCACGCGUAGCAGACAUUGUCUCAGCAAGAGACAGAUAAAGGAUGGUGGCAGACGUGUAGAGAAAAGAAGCUACAAGCCUUUGUUUCCAAUGGAUGGGAAAUCAGAGGAUAUGAAGACUGGGACACACCCUUCAAAACGUACUGCAAAACACCACAGAGAAGGAGGAAGAAUAACAUAAGGGAAAAAAAGAAUAUAUGGAUAUGUUGGAGGGGAUGGAAAUCUUUGCAAAGGACUAGAAAAUAUGCCAAAAAGAGACAGAAGAGGAAGUCUUCUUCUUUUUGAUUAACGUUUUUCAUCACGUAUUUCCUCCCCAAUCAUUGUCUUCUGGCAGGCAGACAGAAACCCAGGUGAAUGGGUUUCAAACCAGGGUAAAAACAUUAAGAUUUUAAUCAGCUGUUUUAUACUGUCAUUUGAUUACAGUUUUCAUUUGCCUGGCAGAGGCCCUCAUUUUUAUAAUUUGACUAAACAAAGAGUGGGUAAUUUGACUUUAGAAACUCCAUCCACUGAUAAAUGAACCUGGUGGAUUGUUUACAUAAUAUUUACAGUUGUUUCUAAACAACAUGUAGAGUUAUUAGUCAGUUUCUAAGACAAUGAUGGUGUUAGACACUUUUGCUGAUGGUUAAGUUCAUUCUCAGCCAGUAGUUGUCUAUAGUCUAGGUACACUGUACCUUUCUGCAAAGGAUGAUGAUGACAUAUUUACAUAAAAAUUUUCAAAGUGAGAACUGCCAAAUUUAUAUUUCCUUUUUUUAAAAAAAGGGAUUUCAGUGCACUAAUCCUGACAUUCAAAUCAUUAUCUUUUGCUCAUAUAUAGAUUUCUUUAUAUUGCUGUAUAACACUGUAUCAUUGCACACACAAAAAAGACACACAAAUUGAAUUAUAAUGGGGUUGUAUACCAUUACAGCUGUGCUUUUAAAUGUCAGCUAUUUAAGCUAAAUAUAUCUCCCAGUGACAGGGUUCAAAAGCUUAAAUCCUUUUAAAAUCAUAUCUAAAACCCCAGUGUGCCAUAAAACUGUGUUGCAUUCUUAAUUUUCUAAAAUGUACUAUACCCUAUUUACAUUUAUGUGAGGAUUUUGAUUACACAUGAAUGCUUAAAAAUGCUCCAUGUUAUGUUAUAUUUUGUGGAGCUAAAAGUGCAUUCCAUUUCCUGCUAAGCUAAAUCUAUGUCAAUAUAGGAUUUUGACAGUCCCAAAAGACCAUGGUAUCAUAGGGCAAGUUUAGAUUUUUUCUAACGGGGUGGGGCUCUUGUUGUUCUACAACCAGAAAUGAUGAGAUGUCAGUACUUGUUUCACAGAUUUCUUGGUGUCUUGGUGCAGUCCAGAUGUCUGUGGGAGUGGAAGCUCUUCUAUUUUUUUACUUGUGUUUACAGAGAUAUGCAGAUGGCACAAGAAGCUUUUUUUAUAUUACUUCGAAUACUGUAGAUUUUUACUUCAGAGUUUAAUUGGAAUCAGUGGGUACACAUUCAGAGGUGCACAGGAAGGCAGAGUGUGGAAACAUUACUCACAUGUAUGCACACGUACACACAAACACACAAUCUCACACACUUGUCUCUAUUCCAAAAACAAGGAGUUAACAGACAGUGUACCCCAGGGAGGAUCUGUAAUAAAUUUUAUUUCAUGAUACAAUUUUAUACAAAUUGAGAAUAUUACAUUAAAAGGGUUCCUGAAUGUGCACUUUUACUGCACUUAUUUCAAAGGCUUGGGGUUAGAAAAGCAGAAUGAAUACAGUUUACAAAAACAUUUACACAGUGGCCAGUUUGAUUUAUUACAAGCACUACAGGACACCAUAGAAAUCAAUUGUUGUCCAAGCCGCUGGUAUGCUUCAAGGGAUUAAGAAAAUCAGAUAUAAUGAUAGUGAUCCAUUAUCAUUUGCAAAUGAACAGCACAGUGUGUAAUGUGAGCUGUAGUUUAAUAAAGCCUUUUUGACCAAUAUGUGCAGAGCAGUUUUUAUGAUGUAGACUAGUUUUGCUUGUUGAGAUCUAUGUAAACACCUCCCUCAUUUCCUAUGCAUGUUGUAUUUGGUUCUUUACAGAAUAGGAGGAAUAAUUUAUUGCGCAAGGAGGGGUUGUAGUGAGUUUGGGUGCACUAUUUUACACUGUUAACAGCACAGGUGAAAGUAGUUGCACACUCAGUUAACUCUUCAUAUGGCAAAAUAUCUAUGUUUAUAUCAUUUCAUAAGUACAUGGACACACUAAGCUGUUUUCUUUGUAACACCACAAUGAAACACCAUUUUAUCACACUGACAGCAAACCAGUGAUAAUAAGCAGACUGCACUUGCAGCCUGCAUUCACCUUUAAGGAGUGCAGUUUCCAAAGAUGCAUGUGAGACCUCACAAGAACCCUACAGCUUUACCAAGAGUUUUGAUAUUUCAGAUGUUAAUACUCAGUUUAUUUGUGUAAAUGUUUAACUGUGAUCACUGUAAAAGAGAAAAUCUUUUUUACUACACAUCUUUGCAGGCUGGGCGUGUUUUCUGCCACAACUUUAAAAUAUGUCCUUCCAAAGUUUUUUUUUUUCUUCAAAGAAUGCAACUUAGACCCACACUGCUGCCCACCCUUGCUGUAUUGUUGAGCUCAGUUUGUGAUGAUGAGCAGGCGCAGGCAGGGCUACAGCUUUUGUGCCAAAUGUAUAUCUGCAGCUUAAGCAUCUAUUAAAAGGCAGGCCCAAGUAUUUCCAAGGCUGCUUUGCCUCACUGGCCCCUCUAUCUUCAGAAGACAAUGAGCUUUGCACCUGUGACGUGCAGUGACUUUUAUCAUACUGGAUCAAUUUGUGGGUAACAGAGUUCAUGUGAAGUGUAAGAUGCCAAUUCUUUUCUCCGUUAACACAUAAGUGAGGUGGGGGCAUGUUUCUUCCUCACUCUUUCUCAGAAUGAAACCACUGCAUGCAUCUGUGGGGAAAAAAAUACACAAAGCUCACUCUCUGCCUGUGAAUGAUCCCCUGUUUUGGCAUCUUUGCAAGGCAGUGCACAACUAAAAAUAUAUAAUCAUAAUCUGUAAUCUGCUUGCUCUGUUGUAUUGCAGAAAUGUAUAUAUACUUGUGUACAUACGCAUUAAUUAUUAUGACUUUAAUAUUUACCAAUUAUUGUAAACCUGACUGUUAACCUCCUACAUUAAUGUCAUAUACAUAAACAUUUCUGAUACAUACCUAUAUUUGUCCAUACCAAGCAAAUCUUUU